CAGCUUCCCUAUGUCACACACAUAGAGCACAUCAGGGUACCAGGCCGGAGUAUGGUUGUCUGACAGUCGCAUCAAAAUGGCAAGUAACAUGGAGCCCAAAGACAACAAUCUGCUGCAAACACCUGAACAGGAAAAUGGAUCAAAACACAAACAGUUUUCUCCUGGCCAUGUACGUAAACUGGGGUUGACGAGGAAAAUGCCAAGAAGGAGGGAUUUAAAGGAAGAUGAAAACCCAGAAGAGAAAGCACGGAAACACAAGGAGCAUGAGCUGAAGCCUAUGUAUAAAGAGCUGCUGUACACUAUCGCUCAUAAAAUGGGUUACUCAUCAUCAACUGAGGUUUACACAGAUGGCCAACUUCACCAGUACAUCACGGAGGCUUUCACUAUGACAGAGUCAGAGCACAGCAGUAUGAGCGAGAAAGUAAAGAGCACGGAGCCCCCAGUGUACUGUCUGAUGGCCACAGUAAAGGAAGCAAAGGGAAUCCUGGGAAAAGACGUCACUGGUUUCAGUGACCCGUACUGCUUGCUGACCAUCCUGGAGGAUGAGGAGGAGAGUCGAACACGCAGGUCCAGAGCAAAGCCCUGUAAAUCUGUUGUUAAGGACGCUGUAUCCGAUGAUAAAAUCUGCCAAACAGUUAUAAAGAAGCAGACUCUGAACCCCAUCUGGAACCAAACCUUCAUACUAGAGUUUGAAGACAUCGCCGGUGCGAGCUUUCACUUGGAGAUGUGGGAUAAGGACGAAGAGGUUUCACUUUCUCAGAAAUUUGAGGACAUCAAAACCAAUUUCAACAGUUUAAGAAGGAUGAUCAAGGAGGCCAAAAAGGAGAAAGGCACAGAUGACUUUUUGGGAAAUGUUGUCAUUAAACUAAAGGAUCUUCCCUGUACUGAAGACAACUGGUACAAUCUGGAGCCUAGAACAGAGACUUAUCCUGAUCGCGGCCAGUGCCACCUGAAUCUCCAGUUCAUCCAUAAAGAGAGAGAUGGGACGCUGAGUGCCGGUCGUAGUGCUUACAUCAACUACUGUGGGAUUCUGCAGCAGUUUGUUCAGGCUUACAUCUCCAAGCAGAAGAGUUCAGCUCCGUGGAAAGGGGCACUAUGCGGCGAGGCUGAGACCCUGCUGGAGUUCUAUGCUACGCAGAAUGACCUCUCACCUUUUCUUCAGGACCUGGCGAAGUGGGUGGCGUACAGUAAACUGUACCAGAGUUUAGAGGUGGACUCGUCUUUGCUGUUGCAGCAGCUAACCUGUAUAGAGUACCACUGGCAUCAGCAGGAGCUGCCAUACCAACAGAAACAGGAACUUGGGGACUCUCUUCACGGCUUCCUGCAGUAUGGAUUGUGUCUGGUGGCCAAAUACAGAGACAUCUUCCCUCCAACUUCCAGCGCUACUCCGAAGCUGCACACACUGCUCAGAAUCUUGGUCCAGAUCUGUAAAACUCAGCCAUUUCAAAAACUAAACCCAGCCCAGUUUGAGUUACAUGAUGGAGUCAGUGAUGCCAUACAGACAGGAACAGAGGAGUGGUUCACCAUUAAGAAGGGUUUGCAUCAGCCUAUGACUAAGGACCUGUCAGAGAUUGUAAGCGCCCUCUCCAGGUUGAUUGGGGAAGUCCAAGACGAUAUAAAACACAACAAAGAUAUGUGGAACAGAGUCUUUGUCAGUGCCGUUCAAGUGGAUGUGUUCACUGUCGUCUAUCAGAAGUUUGACUCCUUGCUCGCCAAGGAGGUGAGGGAAACCUUGUCCCUGAUUGAGGGUCAGAUGGAGCAGGCUCUCGCCAACAGUCUCUUCACUGUUUACCUGAGCCUGCAAGCCAUCCACAAAGACAAGGCGUUCCUCCAGAAAAGGGGAUUUCUUGAGCUGACAAACUUUCAAGAGGGCUUCAGGGAGGCUCUCCCUUACUGGCUGAACCAGGCGUUCAGCACCACUCAGGACAGGGUGGAGAGGGCUGUGCAGGUAGACCAGCUCCAGCCCUUGCAGUCUGGUGCCGUGCCCAUAAAACACAGUUCCUCUGCAGUCGACUUGGUGGCGUGUAUCCAGCCUAUCUGCCAGCUGUGGGAGCAGCUGUCCUGGCCCGACCCUGAGGAGGCCUUCAUGCUCAUGGUUAAACUCACUGAGGAUGUGUGUAAGAUUGUGGUGAACUACUGUCAAAUCCUCAAGAAGAGGGUGAGGAUGCUUUCUGAGAACUCCGACCCCGGCAGUGCCAUCAACAUGUUGUGUGUGGUGGUAAAUGACCUAGAGCACUUACGGACAGUGCUGACUCGACUACCUACACAGCUGAACUGGACCGGACUUCGAGAUCGAACCCAAAACGUCAUAGGAGAUAGCCAGUUCCACAACACUCUGCCCUCACAGCUUCAGCAGGCCCAGGAUGUCCUCGGCAAAGAGAUCCGAUCUGCAUUGAACACUCUGGGGAAAAAGUUAAACACAGACAUUGAAACUCAUGUCAGAAGCAUGGCAACCAGGCGGAGAAUCCCCUCCAAGUCCACAGAGGAUGCUGCAGCUCCUUUGAUGCGCUACCUGGAGCAAGAGCUAACGUAUAUGAAUGAAAACCUAGUUCAGGAGAACUUCAACAGUCUCUUGAUUCCUUUGUGGGAAAACUCAGUGAAGAGCCUCUACCAGGUGGCUACUAAGCAUUCACAUCAGGAGGGGCUCAUGGUGUUCUGCCAGAGACUGCUGUAUACACUGCAGUGCUUGGAGCAGUGCUUCCAUGCGGAGGGGAACGGGCUCCCUCUGAAUUCACUCCACUCUGAAGAAUACAAGACUCUCAAAGGUCACCUCACCCACAACUCUCUGAGCAGCCGGCAGCUUGUGGAGAAGUUCUUUAAGAGGAAAAUACGUGAGCAGAAGGAGUACAGUGGAGAAAAAUACGGUGCUGUCACUCUCCUAGCUUCAUACAGGAGAUCAGACCAAAGACUCAGAGUUGAGGUGUUGAAUGCAGUCAACCUCCUACCAAUGGACUCCAAUGGUCUAAGCGAUCCGUUUGUGCAGCUCUGUCUCGAGCCUUCCUACAUCUUUACUGAGGUGGAGCCUCGGAGCACUCAGAUCAAGAGCUGUGAUCUCAAUCCACUUUUUGAUGAGGCCUUUGAAUUUCUGGUGUCCCUGGAUCAAUGCCAGACUCCAGGGGCCUGCCUGGUGGUGACUGUUCUGGACCACGACACUUUGAGAACUGAUGACUUUGAGGGUGAGGCCUUCCUGGCACUAGAGGACAUACCAGGAGUUGCUGGUGGAAAGGGAGGAGUAGAAUUCAACUCACUGGCAGAUGCCGCCCCUGAUCAGAUCCGGAGUCCUCUGAUGCAUCCCAAACCCAAUGAGGACGCCAUCCUGAGGUUACUGGAGUCCAGGAAAGGCGAGCGAGAGACACAGGCCUUUAUAAAGAAAAGAAGACUGAGAGAGAAACAGUCCCAGGAGGGGAUUCAACAAGAGUAACAAACACACAGACAAUGUCUUCCUCCAAAAAUAUACAAUUUGUUUUAAUGAUCGGUACCAAAAAAACAAAAGAAAAGAAGUCCACUCAGAGAGAAACACUGUUGUCGGAUGAGUUGUGUGUACAGAAGCAUGGGUUUAUCAAAGACCAUCACAGUGAUCAUGAACCCUUUCACAUCUCACGUUUAAACCUCGUACACCUUCACAUCAUUUGUCUGCUUCCUGAUGUUCCGUCUGAUCAGUGCAAGGGAUGAGUAUGACAUCACCGAAUCCUUGUCCUGACACGCUGAAAUGUUAAAGUCUACUACAACUGUCAAAAAAAAUAAAAAGAAAUGAUGGCAGAGAAA